CACCCCUCAUCUCAGCUUUAAAUCUUUAAUCAAUCAUGUCGCUCGCAUCUGGUGUCACUGUCACAGAUGAGUGCAUCAGUGCAUUCAAUGACUUCCGCAUGAGCGGAGGCGCCAAGGGAAGCAAGACCAAGUUCAUCAUCUUCAAGAUUGCCGACAACAAGAAGGAAGUCGUCGUCGAUGAGGCUUCCCAGGAGGAGGACUACGAGGUCUUCCGCAACAAGCUCGCAGCCGCUCAGGACAGCCAGGGUCGCCCCGCGCCCCGUUAUGCUGUCUAUGACGUGGAAUAUGACCUCGGUGGUGGUGAGGGCAAGAGAAGCAAGAUCAUCUUCAUCUCUUGGGUUCCCAGUGAAACUCCUACUCUCUGGUCCAUGAUCUACGCCAGCACCCGUGAAGUCCUGAAGAAUGCGCUCAACAUUCACACCUCCAUCCACGCUGACGACAAGAGCGACAUCGAGUGGAAGGCCGUCCUGAACGAGGCCAGCGGUGGCAAGGCUGGCAAAUAAAUGACGGUGCCGGCUGGGUCCGGGCCAGGGUGACUGUGCUGGAUAUUCCAUCGCAACGCAUCAUCUCGAAUCGCGACGAAACCUGGGACGAAGCAGCUUACUCCGAAUCUCCCUGCAUACACUUAGUUCAAUAUGAGAUCGUUACGACUUGACCCUGCGUUUUUAUCUUUUCAAUAGUGACCGUAUCAUCUCCACGCGAUUCUG